GAGCGGAGUAAAGCAGAGAUGCGAUGGGUCGGCAUCGAACCGUUUCUCAAAUCAAAAGGGUAUUUGUUGCCUCCACGAUUCCAGCCUAAUUGGCAACCUUCAUGGCAAGGACCUAACGGCAUUCCUUAUGAAUACGCGGUCGACAGCUUCCCACUUGUCGUGCGUCAUCCCAAUGUUAUCGAGGGAAAGAGAGCGUCAGACGACAAAGGGGUUGUCAUCAAAUCUACUUCGAUACACACAGAAGAAGCCAAGAAGGCAGCACUUCUAGCAGCCAUAGUUGAUUCUUGCAAUCACUGUGUUCCAAUAUGGGACGUGUUCGAUUUUCCGGGAGAAAGCGACUGUGUUAUCAUCGUUAUGCCGCUGCUUCAUAAUAUGUGGAAACCAGCGUUUCACUGUCGUGCAGAGGUGUUCGAGGCUUUGCGGCAGUUUCUCGAGGGUCUUGCAUUUAUGCACAGAGAAAAAUAUGCGCAUAGAGAUGCGGCUAUGAUCAACAUGACCAUGGAUGUAUCUGACUUGAUGCCUGGCGGCUUCUCUCUUGCGAGCCAGCAUUUCCCGUUCCUUCUCAACCUAUAUUCUGGCGAUCCUCGUAAUCGUUGCGAAGUUGGUUCGCUACGGUACUAUUUCAUAGAUUUCGAAACCACGACGUACUGUCCAGAGGGUAUAGAAAAGGCUCGUGUAACGGGAACCUAUGGAUCUGAUCAUUCAAUGCCCGAGAUAUCGGAAGUCGUCCCAUAUAAUCCGUUCAAGCUCGAUAUCUAUACACUCGGCAAUGCGUUCUUGAAGGAGAUGAAGGCAAGUUUGGCUAUUGCAAGGCGUCGAUUUACAUGUCUCAUGCGAUACAUACAGCAUUAUCUCGGCAUGGAGGACUUGGAACCGUUUUUGUUGAAGAUGACGGCGCCUGAUCCAGAUGAACGUCCGACCGCUGCGGCCGCGCUUGAGGAG